AUGCUGAAAGUCACCAUGCCCUCCUCCUCAUCAUCGUCCUCAUCGUCAUCCUCCUCCAGCUCCUCGGCCGCCGGCGGCCCCGGUUCUGCCGCGCCCGAGUACUGGAUCGACGGCUCCAACAAGGACAUCCUGGCCCACUACUUCGAUCUGGAGUCCGAGCUGGGACGUGGGGCUACAUCCAUUGUCUACAGAUGCAGGCAGAAAGGGACCCAGAAACCUUAUGCUGUCAAAAUGUUGAAGAAAACAGUAGACAAGAAAAUUGUCCGCACAGAAAUUGGAGUUCUUCUUCGCCUUUCGCAUCCAAACAUUAUAAAACUGAAGGAAAUAUUUGAGACCCCAACGGAAAUCAGUCUUGUUCUCGAACUGGUCACAGGUGGAGAACUAUUUGACAGGAUUGUGGAAAAAGGUUACUACAGUGAGCGAGAUGCUGCUGAUGCUGUGAAACAAAUCCUGGAGGCAGUUGCUUACUUGCAUGCAAAUGGGAUUGUGCAUCGUGACUUGAAGCCAGAAAACCUACUCUAUGCAACGCCAGCACCAGAUGCAGCACUAAAAAUUGCUGACUUUGGACUUUCCAAGAUAGUGGAAGAUCAGGUGACCAUGAAGACAGUUUGUGGAACUCCAGGGUACUGUGCACCAGAGAUACUACGGGGAUGUGCCUAUGGCCCUGAGGUGGACAUGUGGUCUCUGGGGAUCAUUACCUACAUCCUACUUUGUGGCUUUGAACCAUUUUAUGAUGAAAGGGGAGAUCAGUACAUGUUUAAGAGAAUCCUGAACUGUGAAUAUGACUUUGUGUCCCCGUGGUGGGAUGAUGUGUCUCUGAAUGCCAAGGAUUUAGUUAAAAAGUUGAUUGUUUUAGACCCCAGGAAACGCCUCACCACUCUACAGGCUUUGCAGCACCCAUGGGUCACAGGGAAGGCAGCAAACUUUGCACAUAUGGACAAUGCACAGAAGAAACUUCAAGAAUUCAAUGCCCGGCGUAAACUUAAGGCUGCAGUAAAAGCUGUGGUGGCAUCAACUCGCCUUGGCAGUGCCAGCAGUCAUAGUGUGCACGACAGCAACAAGCCUAGUCGUAACCCAUCUCCCAUCCAUGACAGCAAACCCGAAGAGAAACCCUCUCAGGAAGCAGAAGCGACUCCAGAAGAAAAGUCUUAG